CUGGCAUCUCACCUCGCGUCAGCUGAUUUUUGUUGAUAACGCCAUAGUAUGCCAAAUCGUGUAUUUCAUUACGAGAAAAUAAACGCAUUUCGGAAUCCAAAUUAUCCGUACCGAUUUGUUCAACUCGGAAUCAAAAAUGUUUUAAAACUAUACCACGUUUUAAUAAAAUCAGUUAAAACACAAAUCCAGUGGAAGAAGUAUCUCUGUAGCUUUACACCUUCGCUACGCGAGUCACGUGUCCAACAGCCGAUAUACAGCGGAACAGCCAUCGACAUUUAAAAGUGCCGGUUUUUGUUGGAGGCCUAGUUUAUAGUGACUCAAGAGUAAGGAAUGUGUGGAGAUAAUUGACAUCAAACGCUAACAUCAAACAGAUACUUGUUAAAGAAGUUCAAUCAAGAUGUCUCCAAUACCAGUACUAGAAUCCUGUAUACCAUUACCAAUUGAGGAGCGCACACUGGUUGAAGUAACACAGAAGGCGAAAGAUUGGGCAAUUAUGCAUGGUGCUGCUAUGCGCUCCAAAGCCAACUUCAGUCCUGAUUCGCUUAAUUUCGCUCCGUUCAUUUUGGUGCCUUCGUCCUUCCCACGCAAAGAGUUCGAAAAGGCUAAACAUUUGCAAACCAUUAUUAACCAAUUGAUGCAUAAUGUGGCCCACGAUGAAGAAUUUCUUACCACAACUCUGGCGGAAACUAUCAAAGUGGAUGACUUUACAGCUAAUCUCUUUAAUGUAUACAAAAAAGUGCUCGCCAAUGGCUUUGGACAGCGAAUUUCGUUGGGCCUAUUGCGCAGUGAUUUGAUGUUGGAGACGAAAUGUACUGAAUUACUUGAGAAAGAGAAACAUACCCCCUGUGCCUACUGUUGCUGGAAACAAGUUGAAAUUAACACAAUUGCUUCUGGUUUUGGCCAUUUAGGACCAGCAAGCAAAGCCAUACAAAGGUGCAGAUUUAAUUACUAAUUACUAGUAGCAAUACAUAUAGUGUGUAGCCAAACAAAUUGUUCAGAUUGCAUUGCUUUAAUUUUCAAUAAUAUUUAACACUAAAAACCGGUGUUCGGACUAUGAAAGGCUUAUUCU